CUUCACGAUGCGAUAGUGCCAUAGCUACAGUGGCAAGCUUUUGUUACCACCCAAGGUGCCAUUACCACGCGGGCGUCUUAUAAGACUACGCGACGUUGCGCAUACUUAACACAGCUUCAUCCUCAACUCAUGUUAACCGUCAGACAAUAUCACUUAAAUCUUCACCAUCCUAGCCAUGGCCCCACCUAGGCGUUCUCGACGCGACCCGCGGAAAGUCCAGACACGCCUAACCUUCGAGCCCAAGUCCACUUCACCCUCCCGCGGGACGAGUGGAAUUUCUCCCGCGAGAAUCGUAUACCAAGAUCCACGGAAGCCGAAGAAGAAGCAACAGCUUAUCUCAACAGCGAAUAAAAAUGAGCCUAGCUCGAGUACGAACAAUAACGAACCUACCUCUAGUGCCCGAUCUAGACCCUACUACAGCGACGACGAGGAUAUCUUUGCAGAUGGCAAGAAGUUUGCGGUGGUCUUACCUUCGCCCUCUCGCUCGACUGCCGCGGGACAGCUACGAAGAAAGUCGUUUAUGGGCGCUGCGUCGUCGUCGGUGAAACAAAGAGGCAGGCCUAGGAAGAGCGCUGCGUAUGAGACGGAUAGCGAGUCUGAAGAGGAAGAGGAGAUAAUACCGGCUGAGAAGACAAAGAAGACACCGAUCCUGUUGGAAGACGAAAGCGAGUCUGAGUUGGAGGAAGUAACAGCACUGGCUGAAGAGAUAAAGAAGCCGGCGGCCGUGUCCAGAGACAACAGCGAGCCUUCAGAGGAGGAUUUAGUAACACCAGCCGCCAAGAGACAGAAGCGACCAGAGUUUCUGAAAGAUCGCAGCGAAUCACCUCUCCAGAGCCCACAACGGGCAACUGUGAAGAAUGGAGUUGUGGAAACGCCGCGGAAACCAAGCGAGGAAAGCCCCAGCCCGAAGAAAACAAAGACUACCCCAGUCAAGAGUUUCAUCGCUGGAGGAUACCUUAAUCGGGCACACAGUCCACGAUCUGCAAAAAACCAACGCGAUCCAGCCAAGAAGGAUAAACCCGUGUCGCGCAAGUCGAAGGGCAAGGAGAUCGUGGCUAUAUCCUCCGACGAUGACUCAGACAGCGAUGCAAUUGUUGUAGAGCAGCCCUCGAUACGAAAAAAGAAGGCAGAUAGCGCUCUCAAAGAGAAAGCACUGUCGAGCCGGAAAAGGAGGAGAUCCACGAGCUCCGAGGAGGAUGACGAGCCUGUCCGAUCCUCCCCAACUAAGAGGCGGAAGCAGGUGCUCCUUGACGAAACAUCCGACGAAGAAUCCGAACCCUCGCCCACCGUUCCAGCCCAGCGCCCGGCCGCAACACCUCACAAACGCACCACCAAGCCCCCCUCAAUCAAAAAGAGCAAAGAAGAACCAACCCGCCAAACCCGCCAAAUGAACACCCCCAAGAAACAACACCGCACCGAAAAGCAAAAGAAGCUCGAACUCAUCAAGCGCCGCCGCGCCGGCGAGAAGAUCACCGAGCUAACCGAGUCCUCCUCCUCCGAGUAUGAAGAAGAGCGCGGCGCCUACGACAGCGACGCCUCGCACGCCGCGCUCUCUGUCUUCGACGACGAGGACUCCGGAGAAGAAGGUGCCAUCGAGAAGGUCCGGCAAUCCCUGCGCCCGGGAAACCGCAACAUGGAUGACGACUCCUUCAUCGUCUCCGAUGACGAUGCACCCCUCGGCGCGCCCUCCGACCUCCUCCACGAGAUCCCCUUAGAAUUCACCCACCACGCCCACAAACACCUCAAAGAGCACUUCAAAGACGCAAUCGAGUGGAUGGUCCAGAAGAAGAUAAACCCAGGCUUCAACCACCGCGACCCCAUCUACAUCCAAGCCUUCCGCAAGCUCGAGCCCGAAGCGCGCGGCCUCGCACAAUCAAAAUUCUCCUCCGCAGCGUGGACAGAGAACUUCACCCGCGCGCUGUGGUCGCGCCCGCAGUUCCACGAGGAGGAUAUAAGUGCCGGAGGCGAAGGGGAGGGGCGCAAAUGCGAUGCCUGUGGACGGAGUAAUCAUCCUGCGAAAUUCAGGAUUCAGUUACUCGGGAAACCGUAUCACCAGGACACCCUCGAGGUCGUGGAGGAGAGCGAUGCCGAGUCCGAUGACUCCGACUCCGAUGCCGCGAGCGUGAACAGCAAGGGGCAGAAAAUCCUCAGCGCAGACACGGAUUUCUACCUCGGGCGAUUCUGCCGCGCCAACGCGGAGAGGGCGCAUUCGCUGAUCCACUGGAAACACGCGCUGUAUGAGUGGGUGGUGCAGACGCUUUCGGAUCAGGGUUUCCUUGAUGCGGAGAAGUUGGCGGAGAGAGUUAAGUGGGGACAGAGAAAGUUGGGGGCGUUGGCGAAUGAGAUUGUGGAUGAGUGGGUGGAGAGCGGGGAGAUCAAGGGACUGUAUCGGGAUUUUAGGAAUAAUCUCGAGGCGGCGAGGAAUAAUAAGCAGGAUCGUUGGAAUGCUUGAGGGUGAGAUGGGUUAUGGCUAUACAGCUAUUUCAUACGGCGGGGAUGCAAACAGGUCACUCAUAGCUAACAAGAAUAUCACAAUAUUGUUGCUCAAGCCUUUCAAAAAAGCAAACUGACAUUUGCAUAAUCUAUCUCAUAAACGCACCUAGAC